CCCAUCUACAACAGAUCAACAAACAAGCUGUAGACACAGUUGCACAGUUUAUAAGCACAAAAGAAUACCUGGAAAGUGAGCUGAAUGGCCAGGUUGCUAAUGUUAUCGAAAUUCGAGUGAAAAUCAUCGAAGAAUUUUCUAUUGUAAUAAGGAUUACUCGUCAACUACAAUCCCUUGUAAUCGAUGAAGAACUGACUAAAUGGAAACGUGAACAGCAAUUAGCGGGCAAUGGAUUUGUCUUUAAAAAUAACGUAGAUGAGAUCCAGGACUGGUGUGAGAGUCUUGCCGACACACUCUGGGCGAACAGGAUGAAUAUUAAAGAAUUUGAACGUAUCAGAUCAAAACUUGCUCUGGACAGUCCAUCGUUUGCCGAUCCCGUUCCAGGCCUUGAUGCAGAAAUAACUGAGUUAUUGUCAUCACUCGUCACAUCAACUUUUAUAAUUGACAAACAACCUCCACAAGUAAUGAAAACACAUACAAGAUUUACWGCGGGAGUUCGAUUGCUUGUUGGUAACAAGUUGAAUGUUUACAUGUCUACYCCGGUUGUGAAAGUAUGUAUCAUCUCAGAAACUCAGGCAAAUUUGUUAUUGAAAAAUGAGAAAUCUUUACCGAAAACCGGUGAUACCGCAGGAGAAAUUCUUAACAAUAAUGCAAACAUGGAAAUACAGGGAGCUAAUAAACAACUUACUGUAAGUUUUCGAAAUAUGCAGCUGAAGAGAAUUAAAAGAGCUGAGAAAAAAGGCACUGAAAGCGUUAUGGAUGAGAAAUUUUCUCUUCUUUUCAAAUCUCAGUUUGCUAUUGGUGGGGGGCAAAUGGUGUACCAGGUAUGGACGUUAAGUUUACCAGUAGUUGUAAUUGUGCAUGGCAAUCAGGAGCCCCAUGCUUGGGCUACGGUUACUUGGGACAACGCUUUUAGCGAGAGUAACAGGACUCCCUUCCAAGUACCAGAUAAGGUGCCAUGGUCCAAAGUAAGAGAGACUUUAUCGCAAAAGUUUAAAGCGGCUACCGGUCGUGCAUUGUCUGAAGACAAUUUACAUUUCCUAGCUGAUAAGCUAUUCAGAGGCAACUUUAUGCAGUCAACGACUCAAGCUGUGAGCUGGGGACAGUUCUGCAAAGAACCUUUACCCGAAAGGACUUUCACAUUUUGGGAAUGGUUCUACGCUAUAAUGAAGCUAACUAAAGAGCAUCUUCGAGGUCCUUGGGAAGACGGAGCAAUAAUGGGUUUUAUCAAGAAAGGCAGGGCAGAAGAAUUGCUUCAAUCAUGUCCAGUUGGCACAUUUCUACUUCGUUUUUCGGACAGUGAACUGGGGGGAAUUACUAUUGCGUGGAUAUCAGAAACUCGCGAAGUGUUAAAUUUGCAACCGUUCACCGCAAAAGAUUUUGUAAUGCGUUCAUUAGCAGACAGAAUUUAUGACAUUCAUGAAUUAAUUACGUUGUAUCCUGACUCUGCCAAGGAGUUUUAUUUCGAGAAGUACUGCACAUCACUCGAAAGUACACCUUCAGGUCGAAAUGGAUAUGUUAGGCCGAUGUUGGUGACAACAGUUCCAAAGGAUGGAUUCAACACCCCUCAACACAACAGUUCAUUUGCAACGCCAGAUUUGAACCGAGAUACGCCCUCAGUGGCGAGCAGCUAUGGAGGGUCUGUAGCCACAUCAGCGACUGGUCCUGGGCCUUCGACAAGCGGGAUGGAAUAUCUAGAAGCCCUGGACGAAUCCAGUCUCACAUCCAUGGAUAUUAACAUCAGCGAUAUAAUAGGCUACCAAUAAAUGAGCAGGCAGUCUGGCCUGCUUCAUAAUAAUUCAAAUUUUUUAAACUUAUAUUAUUAUAAGUCUAUAUAUUAUAUAUAGUAUACUUAUACAGGGUGUAUCAGAAUAUGUGGACACGCUCUCACAUUUGUACAGGGGACGUUAAAAAACCAUAACAAGUUUCUAUAAAAAAAUUUCCAGAGUAAUUUUCCCUGUAACAUAUUUAGGAAAUAACACUCCCUCCUGAACCAGAAGGUCUGUAUGAUCUCAGGUGCAAAUCGAUUUUUUGUUUUAAUACCUUAGAAUUCUUCAUGCAAUUUAAUUAUUGUUUCAUACAUGAACAGCAUCAUUGCUCUUAAAAAUGACCGAUGAAAAUAUUUUUAAAAUUUGGGUUUGCCAGGGAUGGACUAGGUGGAACACUAAUAGUUAUUUUUUAUAAUAAAAAUAUCUUCGAAAACCUUUCUAUUUAUCGAUAUGAAUCAAGUGCCUUUUUUUAGUUUCAGGUUAAAGCUACCUAAAUACAUUAUUUUUGUGUCUUCAUUGAAAAGGGUAAAAAAUUACUAUUAUUGUGCUCCACCUAGUCCAUCCCUGGCUACGCUAAAACCGAAACGCUAAAAAUGUUUUCAUGUGUCAUUUUUAAGAGCAAUGAUGUACUGUUCAUUGCAUGAAAAAAUAAUUAAAUUGCAUGAAGUAUUCUAAAAGUUAUUUAAAAAAAUCGACUCUCAGGUGCCUCCAUUAGAGGCUGGUCAUUUUUUUACAGAAACUUAAUAUUUUUUUAAUGUCCACAGUACAAAUCCGAGAGCAUGCUCACAUAUUCCGGGACACCCUGUGCAACAUGCGUUAUAACUUAAUUAAGUUAUAUAACGCGUAAAUAGUAAUAUACAUUUGAUAUUACUCAAUAUACAUAUAUACUAUUGUAGUGUUAUAAUAUGAACUGAGCUCAUAUUAUAGCACGCAAAAAUGUUGGUUCACCGACAUGUGCAAGCUUUUUGCGUGCAUUUUUAAUAUUCAUCAAAUUGAAUAUAUUGUGGCAAUGGUUGAGAUUGUCACGUGUCGGAUUUUAUAGACGUGCUAUAAAUUGUACUAAACUAGAAAAUAAACUAGAGUUGAACAAGAAAUCACUACCUGUGAUUUUUUCACAGUGAUUAACAAAUUGCAGUCACAAUAUGUGACGAGCAUAAAAAUAAACCGUGAUUUAAAACGUGAUAUCAAAAAGCUACUUAUAUUUUCACUGCUACCCUACUAUUGUGAGUUGUGAGUAGGUGCAUAUGUUGCACACGUGACCCGGCGAAAGAACGAACCCAAAUAAAAUUAUUUUGUUCGCUAUGCAAUGUAAAGCUUGCAUUCUCGGGUUUCCUUGAGCCUGAAGAUUAUUAAUUUUGUUGGGAAUCGUAUUUCAGUAUGCACCAAUUCAUUAGACGCAUGAUACAAUGAAUACAAGGUAGGAUAUUCAUCGGUCGAAAAUUCGAUUUUUGUCCUUAAAAUCAUUUGUACUUUUGUAAGUAUAAAAUAUUAUUUGUUGUAUCCUCCUCAUUUCCAAAUUUGGAUUCGGAGUCUUAAAAAUCUGGCGCCGAUUUUUUUUUAGUUAUUUGGGAGUCAACAAGUCAUAUAUCAUAACAUCUCAAAAAAUAUUUUUGGUUUAAAUGUUUCAGAAAAGUAAGGUAUCACAUAUGAUACCUGGCUAGUCAACAAUGACAAACAAAUUUUUGUUGGUUAAUUUAUUUUAUUAACAGAAAAUGUUGAAAUACACUGUUUUUUUAACACAAAGACAAAAUCCUUUAGAUUAACAAAAUAUGACUAAUUUUUUUAUGAAAUUUAGUUUUCGUGGAAUUUAGAGAAACAGUGUCUUAUUGAGAAACACAGGAAAACAUUGCAUGUUUUACAUUUUACAAAUGUUAACAUCUUACACCCAGGCUAUCUACAUUUUAACGUGUUGAACGUGAACUGAGCUUCAGUCACAUUUAUUGGCACAUGUUUUGCAUGUUUUCUUCUGGAGCUACGAUCUAAACUUAUUCUUCGUCGAUUCCGGGGCCGCAUAUCAUCGUUCCUACUCUCAGAAUCCGUAUCGAAACUGUCACUAUCCUUCGAUAUACCAUCAGCUAGCAAAUCAUUCGCCAUGGAAAAUUUAAAAUUAAAAUAAUCUAAUAUCUCUUUGCGCUGUAUGCUUGCGUCAGCAGCAUCCUGGCGAUAUUCAAGCCCACAUACAAGCUAGUUAGUUGCAUUGACAAAAUCAAGAAAAUUGAAUAUAGCUCAAAUUGUYCAUUUCUUAGUCUUUGUGCGCAUCGAAUAAUUACUAACAACUCGAUCUAGCAAAUCUACUCCACUCAUGUUACUGUUGUAACUCUUCACAACUGCAGGUUGGAUCACUUGAAUAUCUACGUUCAACUUUUGACCUCCGUGUGCAAGAGCACACAGGUGCUGCGCCAGAAACAGAAGAUGCAAAAUGAACUGCUCUUGAAUCAAACCAUUUUAUUGCACAUAUUUUCUAUCUUCUCUGAUUAGCAUAUCAAAGGAACCUCUUCCAGCUUUUUUGGGCUCAUUAUCUUUCAUGAAAACUAUUUUCUUAGGGAUACGGUGGUUCAUAAUGGUUCCAGCUAUUGUAAUAGAGCGCAAAAGUAGUGUGUCAAUAAGCGAAAUUGAAGUAAAGUACCUCUCUGUGUACACUGAUGUUCCUUGUGGUAGCGUAUGUGUUAAUUUUAGGASCAUUCGACCGCCAACAUUCAGUUUUUCCGGUGUAGAAAUCAAAGCAGACACUAUGGUAUGWUCUUUGCCUUCAUACAAUUAAAAGUCUAGAGGGAUUCCUCCAGUAGCAGUCAUCACAAUUUUUUUUAAGCCCAACAGGAUUAGGUUUACCACGCGCCUACUGUUUCAUGGCCACUUUUCCAUGAAAUGGUAUCAUUUGCUCGUCGAUCGAUCCCUCUUGUGGUAGGAAAUUUUCUCUUCAAGUGAUUUGGAUGUCUAACAUUGGUCGUAUAUUUUAAAACCUGUUUGCUUCUCUCUGUUCUUUACUCACAUUAUCAUCAACUAUCUUUAGACGAGUUCGGAGAAAAUAAAAGCGGUUUCGUGAAAUAUUGUCCGAAAUAAUAGGGACCCGGGAAUCUCUUCUAGACAAUUUGUAAAUUCCAAUAGUGAUGCAGCACGCAAAGAAUACUUUCAUUUCUUUUGAAGUAGUACCUAAGGAUUUCCCGGUAACAAGAACUUCUCGCAUAUUCGAAUAUUUUGCCACUGCUUCAAAAAAACUAUCGCCAAGGUAUCGAUUGAAAUAGUGAAUUGGCUUCUUGACGUCUCUAACUUCCCGAUUACGSUCAAAUUGUCUUGGCCGGGCAURAAAGUCACCACGAACCCAUCUUAUUGUUGAAGUGGUUAGGAAAUUURCAAGAGGCACGUUGUYAUCAGACGAGUCACUAUCUCCAUCAACAUCUGGAACAUUCGUUGGCUGUUAAAUUGCCUCGUCUUCGUCCUAACUGGAACCAGACAAAAGACCAUGAUCUAGGUCCGAUUCAUCCAWGUUUAUGUUGGAUGUAAUUUCCUCUAGCUCACGUUGUGUGAGCCACUGCUCUACAAAUAAACAAACAAUUMUAUUUUAUAAAAUUCUUAGAUKCAAUUAACAAAACWCGAAAUAACGCCUUAAUCCCUAUCCUAGUUUAGUUCCGYCUAUGCACACACACUACUAAAAAGAAUGUUAAAAAAUAAAACCAAGCUAACAUCUAUUUACAACCCAAUUAUMUAAAUAAACCAUUACGCCCACAGUAUCAUCCCUGAUACCCCGCCACAAUGACCCCAUCAUCCUUAAAAAACUUAUUUUUUAAUACAUAAAUACAUUACAUUUGUUCCGAAUCCUUAAAAUGACGAAAUCAAAUAAAAUAUAAUUUAAAAAUUAAUUACUUACUUGUUUUUGUAAGCUUCUUUUGCGGAGCUUUUUUGUCCUACAUUCACUAUAAACAUGUGAACAAUACUGAGAACAGUGAUAUUUGUAACACACCGUCUGCAAAAAAUGCAACCCGUGUAUCACAUAUGAUACCUGGGAACUGAGGAGGAUAAACCUAAAUAAUUUUUAUUUUAAAAAUAUGAAUUACAAAUGUUCUAAAAUUGUUUCCAAGUGACGCACAAUUGCCCAUCACCUUAUGACGCUGCUAUAUCACCAAACGGCAACCACAAGUGAAAUCACAUGCAGUUAUAACAGUGAUUUUAAAAUCACGCUUCAGCUCAUCUCUAAUAUAAACAAUGCAAGAUAAUAUCAUACGGCUAUGUUUAAAUAACCGCAUUUUUUCCAAAAUGGUAGCGUGAAAAUAUCAAUCGGUACAAUUUGAUAUUUGAUCAAUUGACGCUGAUUACUUUCUCGUCCUUAACCGAACGCGUCUUGAAAAAUGCGAUAUGUCGGCAACUUUACCAAAAGCAUGUUGUAAGCAAAGAAUUUUUUCGCAAUAAGAUAUUAGCCAUACCAAUACAGAUUCUAAAAACUGUAUUACGUUAUUAUAAGUUAUAAGAUUGUAUAUAUUGUCAUAAAUAUUAAUAUUUCAAUCAAUCUAUGUAUAUUUAAUAAUUAUUAUAUUAUUAUUAAUAAUAACCAUUGUAUAUUAUUAAAUAUACACAUCAUUUAGAUUGAUUUAAAAUAUGUUCUCUUAGAAUUACGGUAUAAAUGGAACUAUUAUUGUUCUCUGUUAGCACGUCCAGUAAGUAUGUAGGCUUCAGAAAUGUCAGAGUAAGGGCAAAGAAAGUUAUUUAUUGUAAAUAUCAUAUUUUAAUGUAGAAGAUUCAAUUGUUAAAAUGAAAUUGCAAUCUUUUGUAUUAUAUUUGACAAAAGUUGCAUUUUAUUAAUAAAUAACGAUAGUCAAUUUAUAGAUCGUAAGUAAACGUGGGCUGUUAAUGUGCCUCUUUAAUGAUCAACUGCAUUUGUGACUGCAAAAAAAUUUGGUCUGAUGACUGUGAUUUUACAUAUUGUUCUCGAUUGAUCUUAAGGAAUUAAAACGUUAUCUAAAUUUUAUAAAGUUUAAUCAGAUGUACUUAUAUUUAUGUAAGAAAUAUUUCGUGACAGUAUUUCUUAAGCCUUCAUCACUGAAAACGACAGAGUAGUUGUAUUAAGUGUCUAAUUUGUGGCCAUAUUAUUUUUAUAAACAAUUGCAUUGGUAGAAUUCAUUGGAAUCAUUUUUGGCAUUAGUAGGAACGCUAUUUGGUAAAUCUUAAUGUAGAAAAUAAAUAUAUUUGGUAAUCCGGUAAAAUUAAUCACCCAUUGUAUGUUUAGUUUUCACUAGACUUACAGAUAUAGAACUAACACAUCAACUUAUGUGUAUUUAGACAGAAGUUCAUGAAUUAACCUAUUGUUAAUUCCUCUAUUUGUUUUUUUACGAAUAAAAAAGUUACAAGCUAAAAGAAGCCUGAAAAUUUGUUCUUUACUUGAUGCAGCUUUUCAUGUGCUUGUAUGCAUUAAUGUUCAAAACAUUUAAUUAAAUUAAGAGAUUUUGUCUGACGAAAUAAGGAAGAAUUUUGUGACUAAAAGGUUUUAAAAAAUUGCCUCACGUUUUGUGCACCACACAAACUAAUUUAAAAUGUGGUCAAGUCGUAACCUUUACAUUUUUAAAAUUAUUAAUAAAAUGGACUUACUUUGUACAAACAUCCCUUGAAAACUGUGUAUUAUAUGUAUGUAUAUUUUGCAAACGAAUUGUUUCACCAGUGACUCCAAGUAAUUUAAAUUCGAUUUAGCGGUGUGGUGUUGUGCUAAAGGUGUAAUUCAGUUUUAAGUCGUUUUGUUUUACUUUAUACUAUUAAGUUGUUUUAAAAAUACCAGCAUGUAAUAAUAGCUUUAUUCGCGGAAGCGAUUCAGGACUGGUUCCAGACUGAUCGCAUGUGCCCAGAGGCACAUUAAAGAAAUAACUAGUUGUCCUGACAAGCGCAGAACAAGCAAAACAUGGGAUGUUGUGCCAAAACAUUGGCACCGACACAUUUUUUUAUUUCUUACCAUAGACGGGAUACUUAGGGGCUUUUGCGGUGGAAAGCGGUACCUCAGUGAAUGCUCAGGAGUUGGCGCAAUGAUGCCAAAAUGGCUUGGUGCGCCAACACAAGGCACUGGCGCAGUAAGCUCAUAUGCGAUGUGUAGUAGGGGGAUUACAGAUGACUUUGUGAUGUACACAUCACGCAUGUGUAGUGUUGUCGUGAGGUGAUGGGCUUUGCGUCAUAUUAAGCGGUGCAGUACGUUCAAUAUUUUUUGUUUGGUUUUACUGAAGAGACUGACACGCGCCGGUUGCGUUGUUUUAAUGAAUAGAAUAAAAGUCGUAGUAAAUUUUCUUCUUGUAAAGCCCAGUUGUCUCACAAGAUCCGAACAUUUGGAUGAUUUAACAGGUGUCGGAAAACGUUGAAAUAACAUAACUUUCGAUUAUUUCGUGUUGAAAAAAAAGCCAUAACAUGUGUAGCCAACAUUUUUAGUGCUUCAAUUUGUGCCAACACUGCAUUCUGUUUAGAAUUCGAAAUUCGUAUAUUAACAGAUCCGAGAUAAGUAAGAAUUUAUCAGUAGAUAAGUAUCUUGAGUCGCGUCGUCCUUUUCCUCAUUCAAAUUUAUGGCUCGAUGUUUCUAUUUAGCUUGAGAGUUGCUCUGAAAACCGCCACUUUUUCACGGAAAGCAUGAUCAUAAGUAAACACUGCAAAUCCGUUUUACUAAAAUACUGUUGGUACUACUAAAAGCUGGUGUCUUACAGUGGACUCGGCGUUCGCGGUUAGAAAUGUUCUGAACUGAGCCUGCACCCCGUUUAGAGCAAAAAUAGAUUCGGAAUCGCUUCCACGAAAAAAGCUAAUGUUCGUGUUUAUUAUAAAAACUGGCUGAAUGAUUUUUUUAAAUGUUUCACUAGAUUUAUUUCAGACUUUGCAUUAAAUACUUUGUUGUAUACACCACCCUCACAGCAAUCUGAAUCUUUACAGUCCUCACAUAUCAAAAGCGGAUAUUUUCAAUUCAGUCCGUUAUAGAAUAAACACUUUUUAUUGCUUUAGUAUUUAGUUUUAAGUUCAAAUUUAUCUUUAUAAGCGGUUUAUAAAUAAUUGUUUCAACAGUAAGUACAAACCUUAUUCACGCCUAAACAAUUUUCAAUGUUUAUGCAAACAGAUCUAGUACAUCGAUAAAAGUACCUACAUGCAGAAAACGAAUGAGAAAAUCGUCAACUGGAUCAAGUCCAUCUAUUAAUAUAUGUAUUAUCUUGAAAAAUCAAUAGAUUGAUUGAUUAAUUUUGCUAAUAAACAUAAAAAGAAACUAA